GAUUGGUUGGUGGGCGGCGAUGAAAUCUAUCGACGUUUGGCGAUUUUCGCACGCAGCUUUUCUGGAGCCGAGUCUCACCAUUGAUGGUUUUGAUUGGAAGUGGGACUUUCUUUAUCCCGCAAAGUACACCCUGUCCGGCGAUCGCUGUUGGAUUCGCGGGGCACAUAAAGUAACAGCAAGCCUUUGAAGCCAAGACAUUUUUUUUCCUUUCUCGGAUAGCGGGAAUAAGUUUUCAAGAUGCCGGUUUUCCACACGAAGACCAUAGAGAGUAUCUUGGAGCCUGUGGCUCAGCAGAUAUCCCACUUGGUUAUAAUGCACGAAGAAGGGGAGGUGGACGGCAAGGCGAUCCCGGAUCUCACCGGACCCGUGGCCGCUGUGCAGGCGGCUGUCAGUAAUCUCGUAAGGGUGGGAAAGGAAACUGUUCAGACGACCGAGGACCAGAUCAUGAAAAGGGACAUGCCACCUGCCUUUAUUAAGGUGGAGAAUGCAUGCACCAAGCUGGUUCAGGCGGCACAGAUGCUAAAAGCGGACCCCUACUCGGUCCCCGCCCGUGAUUACCUCAUCGACGGGUCCCGCGGGAUCCUCUCCGGGACUUCAGACUUGCUCCUCACUUUCGACGAAGCGGAGGUCCGCAAAAUAAUUCGCGUCUGCAAAGGAAUCUUGGAGUAUCUGACGGUGGCUGAAGUGGUGGAGUCAAUGGAGGAUUUGGUAACUUACACCAAGAAUCUCGGACCAGGAAUGACAAAAAUGGCCAAGAUGAUUGAUGAGCGACAGCAGGAGCUCACUCACCAGGAGCACAGAGUCAUGCUGGUCAACUCCAUGAACACGGUCAAGGAGCUGCUGCCAGUCCUCAUAUCAGGCAUAAAGAUCUUCGUGACGACGAAAACCGCAAAGAGCCCCGGCGUGGAGGAGGCCCUGAAGAACCGCAACUUCACCAUCGAGAAGAUGAGCGCCGAGAUCAAUGAAAUCAUCAGGGUGCUGCAGCUGACCUCCUGGGACGAGGAUGCUUGGGCCAAUAAGAAGGACACCGAGGCCAUGAAGAGGGCCUUAGCACUCAUAGACUCUAAGAUGAAUCAGGCUAAGAGUUGGCUGAGAGACCCCAACGCCCAACCAGGUGAUGCUGGCGAGCAGGCCAUCCGGCAGAUCCUGGACGAGGCGGGGAAGGUGGGUGAGCUUUGUGCCGGCAAGGAGCGGAGGGAGAUCCUGGGCACGGCGAAGACUCUGGGCCACAUGACCGAUCAGGUCUCAGACCUGCGUGCAAGGGGACAGGGGGGCACCCCCGCAGCCAUGCAGAAGGCUCAGCAGGUGGCGCAGGGCCUGGAUGUGCUCACAGGCAAGGUGGAGAACGCGACGCGCAAGCUGGAGGAAAUGGCCAACUCGAAGCAGGCCAUCGCCAAGAAGAUUGACGCCGCGCAGAACUGGCUGGCCGACCCUAACGGAGGCCCUGAGGGGGAGGAGAACAUCCGCGGCCUCCUGGCGGAAGCCAAGAAGAUCGCUGACCUGUGCGAGGACCCCAAGGAGAGGGAGGACAUCCUACGCUCCAUGGGAGAGAUCGCCGCCCUCACCGGCAAGCUGGCGGACCUCAGGAGGGCCGGGAAAGGCGACACCCCCGAAGCCAGAGCCCUCGCCAAGCAGAUCGCCACGGCGCUGCAGAACCUGCAGUCCAAGACCAACAAGGCCGUGGCCAACAGCAGGCCGGCCAAGGCGGCCGUCAACCUGGAGGGGAAGAUGGAGCAGGCGCAGCGCUGGAUUGACAACCCCACGCUGGAGGACCGCGGAGUGGGUCAGGCCGCCAUCCGCGGGCUGGUCGCCGAGGGCCACAGGCUGGCCAACGUCAUGCCCGGCCCGUACCGCCAGGAGCUGCUGGGCAAGUGCGAGCGUGUGGAUCAGCUGAUGGCGCAGCUGGCGGACCUUGCGGCGCGGGGCGAGGGCGAUUCCCCACAGGCGUCCAUCGUGGCUCAACAGCUCCAGGAAGCCCUAAAGGACCUUAAGGGGAAGAUGCAGGAAGCCAUGACACAGGAGGUGUCGGACAUCUUCAGUGACACCACCACACCCAUCAAGCUGCUGGCUGUCGCAGCCACUGCCCCCCAUGAUGCCCCCAACAGGGAUGAGGUGUUUGAGGAACGGGCAGCUAACUUUGAAAGCCACGCUAACAAGCUGGGCGCCACAGCCGAGAAAGCAGCCGCCGUCGGAACGGCCAACAAGAGCACGGUGGAGGGCAUCCAGACGGCCGUCAAGUCGGCCAGGGAGCUGACGCCACAGGUGAUAUCGGCUGCUCGCAUCCUGCUGAGGAACCCAGGGAACCAGGCUGCCUAUGAACAUUUUGACACCAUGAAAAACCAGUGGAUUGAUAACAUUGAGAAGAUGACAGGUUUGGUGGACGAAGCCAUCGACACCAAAUCCCUGCUGGACGCCUCCGAGGAGGCCAUCAAGAAGGACAUCGACAAGUGCCGGGUCGCCAUGGCCAACGUGCAGCCGCAGAUGCUGGUCGCAGGCGCCACCAGCAUCGCCCGCCGCGCCAACCGGGUCCUGCUGGUGGCCAAGCGGGAGGUGGAGAACUCUGAGGAUCCCAAGUUCCGGGAGAUGGUGAAAGCGGCUUCGGACGAGCUGAGCAAGACCAUCUCCCCCAUGGUGAUGAACGCCAAGGCCGUGGCAGGGAACAUCCAGGAUCCAGGGCUGCAGAAGGGCUUCCUGGACUCUGGGUACAAGAUCCUGGGUGCCGUAGCCAAGGUGAAGGAGGCCUUCCAGCCUCAGGAACCGGAAUUCCCGCCUCCGCCCCCGAGUCUGGAGCAGCUGCAUUUGAACGACGAUCUGGCUCCACCCAAACCUCCACUCCCCGAGGGAGAGGUGCCUCCACCCAGGCCCCCUCCUCCGGAAGAGAAGGACGAGGAGUUCCCCGAGCAGAAGGCGGGCGAGAUGGUGAGCGAGCCCAUGAUGGUGGCGGCCCGGCAGCUGCACGACGAGGCCCGCAAGUGGUCCAGCAAGCCCAGGGCCGCGGACGCGGCUUUCAAACCCGCUGCGGCGGAUUUAGAUAUAGAUGAUGAGGACGAAGCGGAUUUUGAGUUCGUCCUGCCGUCAGACAAUGAAGACGAUUACGAACCCGAGCUGCUCUUAGUGCCCACCAAUCAGCCGGUUAACCAGCCCAUGCUGGCCGCGGCUCAGUCGUUACAUCAAGAAGCACGAAAAUGGUCCAGUAAGGGUAAUGACAUCAUCGGCGCCGCCAAACGCAUGGCGCUCCUCAUGGCGGAGAUGUCCCGCCUGGUACGGGGUGGCAGCGGGAAUAAGCGCGCUCUCAUUCAGUGCGCCAAGGACAUUGCCAAGGCCUCCGAUGAGGUCACCCGUCUAGCAAAGGAGGUGGCCAAGCAGUGCACGGACAAGCGUAUCAGAACCAACCUUCUGCAGGUGUGCGAGCGCAUCCCCACCAUCAGCACGCAGCUGAAGAUCCUGUCCACAGUGAAGGCCACCAUGCUGGGUAGGACCAACAUCAGCGAGGAGGAGUCGGAGCAGGCCACGGAGAUGUUGGUCCAUAACGCUCAAAAUCUGAUGCAGUCUGUGAAGGAGACCGUGAGAGAAGCCGAGGCGGCUUCUAUUAAGAUUCGAACCGACGCGGGAUUCACUCUCCGCUGGGUCCGAAAGACCCCCUGGUAUCAGUGAUUCAGGAGGGCGGACGCCCUGCACAGCCCAGGGCAGUGAUGUCCUGGAAUGGGACAGACGUGUCCCAAUGUAAACAUAUCUGAAACAGUCCUACAAACCAUCCCCUGGCUAGUUGACCACUUUGUAAUUUUAAGUAAUUGCUGCAGACCUAGAACUGUAGACAAUCCAAUUGCAGAAAAGUUUUUUUUCUAACUUUUUUUAAAAAAAAAAAGCGAAAUUAUUUUUCUUGUGUUGAAUUUCAGAAGUUGAAAAAAAUCUUGGUUUAUAUAUGUGCAUUUUCUAUUUUGGUAUCAAAGAUUUUACAUUUUUAAAUAUCUAACAGAUGUCUAAUUCUGCAAAAAUAUAUAAAAGCUUAUUUGAAAGAGGACUGUUAACUGUAGUUUUGGCCUUAAGACUUAAUUUUCCUCACUACUGCUUGUCACCUGUCUGAACAUUUACACAUUUCACAAUAUGUUCUCACGUUAUUUUUCACGCCAAGUUAUAGUAUAAUAACUCUACAAAAACACUGUUGCUCUUCUGAUAUUUAUUUAAAAACGUGAAUUCUGAGUUGCGUUUUCGUCUUCUGUUGUAGCGGAAAAUAGUUAACCAGCUUCCUGUAUGUUACACUGUCAUAAAAUAUACCAAAGAUUUUGUUUGUGUAAUUUUGUGCUUGAGCAAUAUCUGGAAACACUAAGGGCUACUUUAAUAAGGAUUGUAUCAGCUGAAUGUUGUGUUCUUUCAGUUAGUUUGGGUGGAAUAUUUACCUAUCAGAGAUUAGAAAUUUAACAUGAAUGAAAAUGGUUUCUUAGAAUUUUGACUGAAGUUGUAUAAAGAGAGGGUCCUUUUGGCCUUUAACUGUAAGCCAUAUGAAGAUAUAAUACUUCAGUUGUAUUACUAUGAGGUUACUAAAGUUACUAUAACAUUAAUGAUGCAAAUAAAAGGUCUCAGGCUGUUCCACUGUGUUAUUAUUUUUGUGAUGCAAAUUAACCUUUAACCUUUCCCCAUAUGAAUCUAUAGCAGGAAGGGUGGUCUCAUCGAAAAAUAGCAUAUAAAUGACUUUUAUUAAUAAAUCAAGUGAUUUAAACUGGCAUUGGGGGGGGGGGGUUAAUUGGUGAUAUGUCUGAAGUUAUGCAGAUGACAAUGCCUUGCAUCAAUCAAAACAUCACGCGGAAGUGAAAUGUUAUUGCUAGAUUAAAGGGAACAUCUCUCUAACCGCAAUGUAUCAUUUCAUAGUAAUGCAGUAUAUGUUGGCUAACUUAACGUGUAAUGAAAUGUGCAGUGGAAACGUGUAACUUCCGUUACAUUGUGAAUAAACUUUGAAUGAUAAAUGAACAUGAAUACUGCAAUUUGAAUGUAAAUAAAAUACUACUACUUGUUUUUCUAGCAUAUUACAAACCUCUAGGUGCCUUAGGGUCUUACAGUUGGGUCUGAAGUUUGGCUCUAGUCAAUGUAUUAAUUAAGAUUUAGUGUUCAUUGUCCAGCACGCUUGACAGGUCCCGAUUUGAGUUUAUUUGCAAAGUUGUCAGUUUCAAUUGUACCAUGUUGACACUUUUAUAAUAAAGCAUUUUAUAACAUUUA